UACGCGACAGCACAUUGUGUGUAACGGUUGUGUCGUAUCACUCCGCGAUACACGUCACACAACUUUCGUAAAAAAACGUCGUAAGCAAUUUUUUUUAGUGUUUUUCGUACAAACUACUGCAGUGUCGGUGCGAAAGUUGAAAACUUUUUGCGAGUGUUGGUGUGUUUGUUUCAUAUUGCGUGAAAGAAAUUAUAUUGUUUUAGUGCAUUUUUGGAAUAUUGCAAAGAGCAGGUAGUGAGCGCGUCGGCUUGGCGCGAAGAAAGUGGAUUUUCGCUGAGAUUCCAAGUGUAUUAGUGUUCAGUGGAUACGAGUGUACAGUAGUGAGCAGUGUUAUAAUGUGUUAGUUCACGAUGCUGCCACGGUGGCGCUGCGGUCGGGUCACGUGACAUCUGCAAAACAAAAUGGCGGAGAGCAGCCCCGCCACUUCGAUCAUCGAGGGAACUGUCAAAUUUCGCGAUGGGAAAAAAUGGAAAUCGCGAUGGUGUGUCAUGAGAAAGCUGUCCCCGGUAGCAGAUUGCGUGCAUCUCCAGCUAUACAAAGACCUGAAGGAGCGUCAGAAGAACGGGCAGACGAAGGCUUCCCUCUCCCUGCAGCAGUACCUGGGCUUCGAGUCAGGGUUCACGCUUGACAAGGAGUCCAACACCCUCGCUAUCUUGUGCGAAGACGUCGUGCCCGUUUUGGCUUUUGAUACCAGAGAGGGAUUAAUACAGUGGCGAGUUAAGGUGCAACAUAACCUGGGCAGCAGCCGGGAGUUUGCCGCUGUAGUGAUCUCGGCUCCGUCGUCAAACGGCGUGCGCGCAGGCCCGGUGCGGUUGCACGUGUGCGGCCCACGGCUUGCUCUCUGCGCCUCUCGCCCUCCGGAGGUGCUCGCUUUGUGGGACGUCAAACUACUCAGACGUUUCGGCAUGGUAGACAAGCGUUUCUGCGUGGAGGGAGGUUCGCGGUGCGGCAAGGGCGAGGGGCUGUUUGUGUUCGCUGCAGAGGGCGGCCGCGAGCUCACCGACCUGCUCAACGUGUAUAGCCAUGAGGCGCAGUCCAGGCUCAGUAUAGCCUCCAGGAGUGGGUCAGUGAUGGAAAAGCGUUUCUCGGACACGAGCUCGUGCCUGGACGACUGCUUCCACCCAUCCAUGCGGUCGGUGUCGCCCUCGUGGGCAGGCCCCGCGAGCCACACGAUGCACUGCCUCUCAGAGCUGGACGGCAGCGUGGACGGGGACGAUAAGUUCCGAAGACCCACGUCCCUGCCUAGGUGCUCGAGUUGCAUUGGAAAGAUCAGUAACUUGACUAGGUCAUCAACAAUGGGCACACCAGGUUCAAUAAUGUCUCCAGUAUGGACCAUGGACAACAUCAUCGAGAAGCGUUCAGAUUCUGACCGCGCGUCGAUCUACUCUCGCUCGAGCGGGAGUGCCUCGGAGUACAGCGUGCCUCGCAGCACCUGCCUCCUGGACAAGAGCUUCGACUCCAAACGUGCCAGUCCUGUAGGCUGCUGCACGCCAACCGUGCCAGCCAAGACUGGCGCGUGCCAGUGUUGGCAGCAAAAGCCUUGCUGCUGCAGGAAGAAGCCCUUUAGUGGACCUUAUGAGAAUUAUGACGUACCAAAGACACCUAUGCCUUUGAUACAGGAGCACCCAGUGGACGGUCACACUGACCCGUCAAGCCUGUACGACACACCAAAGAAACUGAAAUGCGUGAUCAGCGACCAGCCGUGUGGCUGCGAACACCAGCAGGACACAGACAAAUGUGAUAUUAGCGUAAGCGAAGAACCAGAACAGGCCAACUACGUCAACGUCACCCCACUGCCCAAGAAACCUGCCAAGGAAGUCGACUACGGCAACUACGCGAACAUAGACUUAAAUGCUACGUUGGAGAAGUUUCAAAAUUCCCUGCACAUUUUAAGAAGUGCUGGAUUCAGCCAAGAAGAGCUGGAUGCGUUAGAGGACAUUCCAGAACAUGAUGACGAUAUAUCAACAGCCACUACAAACACUGUCCACCCCUCUACAGAAUGCUGCAUGCAUACAGAAAAUGCGGAGAGCAGUUCAAGCAACAGCAACAAGAACUAUUCAGAUAACAUUAGUAGGAUCAGUCAUAUUUCAGAUCCCACUCAUUCUGACGCAGACCUUACCAUGAGCACUCGAAGAUCAAGCUCAGCCGACUUCACCAAACGUUACGACGACGAUUAUACCAACGUGCAAAUAUGUUUCACACCAACUGUUCUACGAAAAGCUACAAAGAACGACAGGAUCAACGAAGGUUCCCUACAGCUUACCAGUUUGGAAAUCGUAGAAUCCAAAGACAAACUCUUUAAACCAGAGACCAAAACUGAGAGCACGUUCGUGGCAAAAUUUCGAGAUGCCGUCAAAAUCCGAAGGUCUUCGAGUGUCCCGAGUAAGUCAGAUAAGAAUAGGGACUCGUCAAGUUCAAACGAUUCAGGGGUUUCGACUGGUUCUCUGAAGCAUCACAAGAUGGACUUUGAUUUCGAAGUGCCAGGGUCGAAGUGUAUCAAGAAGAGACUGAGCACGAAGCAGGUGCGGAAGGCACUGAUGCAGCCGCAGGCGUUCGUGAAGUCCAACUCCUCGGACCCGCUGAAGAACCUGACAUUUCAGUUCGAGGAAGUGGCGACACUCACUAAGUCUAGCUCGUGUGAUGUCGACACUCUGACUAGGAGAAAGAAGACUAACGUGGAAACGGAAGCUUCAGCACGUCACAGCCAAGCCACAUCGAAAAGCACGUGGAGCGGCGCAUCAGACACUUCCGACUACAUGGAGUCACUGUCGGUGUCCUCGGGAGGGUCAGCAGGACCUCCAGAGAGGCACGCGGCGAGACCUCGCUCGGGGAGAGAGUACGCGAGUGUCGACAGAGCUGCUCUAGCUGCUAUGGCCUCCGAUGUUUGAAAAAAACUUACGCCUUAAUCGCUGGCAUAAAGUGUGGAAACAUUACUUCUUUGGUAGAUUUAGGAUGGUGGUAUAAUAGUAGAUUUCUUGUGUAGCUGGCUACACCUAUUAAACAUUGCCAACAAUGUGAAGUGGUUUAGUAUACAAUACUAUUCUAAAAGAAUUGUGUAUAUUACUGCGGUAUAUAUUUAGUUGUAAUGAUACCAAAUUUUGAGAAAGGACUAUUGUGCUUAACGAUCUAAGUUUAAGGUUGAAUAAAAUUGGAAUUUUUGUUAAAAUAAAAUAAAAAUCCUUAGGAUUCAUAAAACGGUAUAACAGUCACAUAAUCAUACAAUUAUUUAUAAAUAUUUUUAUAAAAAAUAUCUACUAUACUACUUUGCCAAGGCUUGCAACACCGAAUAUAUUUUUUUAAUCCAGUCACCAUGCUGUACAGAUAAGUGUAAAUAUACUGUAUAUAAGUACAUAAAGAAUUACUAUGUUCCUAUGUACAUUUAAUAUAGAGUGGAUUCAUUACGAAUUUAGUUAUUUAGUAGCGUGCCAAAAAUGUUGCCAGGUAGAACGGUUUUUGGUGAUGGCAAUCUAUAAGUAAAACGUAACAAUAUAGUUUUGUAUUAAGCGAAGUCGUAUUUCAUUUAUUUGUUUUAAUAUCAGCAUGUAUAAAUGUUAGUGUGUAGUCAUAGUUUCAUUAUACUUAGGUACUUAAAUUAUUUGUGCCUUUGCAUAUAAAUAAUGUCUUUCAUUUAUUUUUGUUACCCUUAUGUACAACUUUACUUUUUGAAUAAAUGAAAGAGAAAUUUGUAA